GUUUAUUAAAAUUAUUGAAUUUGAAGAUAGAGAAGAGAGAGAAGAAGACAGAUUUCUGUUGUUCUUCUCCUCUUUUCUCUUACAAGCUACAACAAUCAAAUCAAUUCCUUUAGGUUUAAAGAAAUCAAUCAAUUAAACAAUCAACGUUUGAAAUUCCCUUAAUUUGAUUUUGAAUUUGUAAAUUUUAGAUGAAAAAUAUGAACCGAGAUUUGUUCGAUCCAAGAACAGUUAUGGAUUCUGAAUACGAUGAUAAGUCACCAAAAGAGGGGAAUUUUGGAUUCGCUUUUAAUGAUAGCAAUUUUUCAGACAGGAUUCUUCGGAUCGAGAUUAUGGCUGGACCGUCGGAUUCGAAAUCGGAAGCUGAAGGUUGUUGUAGCUUACUUGAUUGGGCUCGUAAUCGUAAACGUAGGAGGGAAGAUUUAAAGAAGGAUGUUCAAGCUGAUAAAGAGGAGAAUAAUAAUGGUACAGAUGCUACAGUGUGUCCUGACGAGCAGGUUUUAAAUCAAUCCGACGCUGAUGAAGUUUUAGGAUGUGAGAAUGAUGACGAAGAAGCUGUUGCAAUGAUUGAAGAAUCACCUUCAGGAGAUGAAGGAGCCAAUAGCAAUGAUUCAUCAUGGAGUAUGGAAUGUUCAACAGUUGUCAGAGUUGAAACAUUGCAUAUCAGCUCUCCCAUCUUAGCGGCCAAAAGUCCUUUUUUCUACAAGCUAUUUUCAAAUGGUAUGAGGGAAUCUGAACAGAGGCAUGUGACUCUACGUAUUAAUGCAUCUGAGGAAGCUGCUUUAAUGGAACUUCUCAACUUCAUGUACAGCAACACCUUAUCUGCAAACACAGCCCCCGCUUUGCUUGAUGUUUUAAUGGCUGCAGAUAAAUUUGAAGUUGCUUCAUGUAUGAGAUAUUGUAGCCGUUUAUUGCGUAAUUUGCCCAUGACCCCCGAGUCUGCUCUACUCUAUCUAGAUCUCCCAUCCAGUGUUUUAAUGGCUGAAGCAGUUCAACCGUUGACAGAUGCAGCUAAGCAAUACCUUGCUGAUCGUUACAAGGAUAUUACCAAGUUCCAAGAAGAGGUCAUGGCAUUGCCCAUUGCCGGAGUUGAGGCUGUUCUUUCCAGCGAUGAUUUGCAGGUGGCAUCUGAGGAUGCUGUUUUUGACUUUGUCUUAAAGUGGGCGAGGGCGCAGUACCCUAAACUCGAAGAACGCCGAGAAAUCCUGGCUACCCGCCUUGCUCGAUUUAUCCGCUUUCCAUACAUGACCUGCCGUAAGUUGAGAAAGGUUCUUAGCUGUCCAGACUUUGAUCACGAAGUGUCAUCCAAGCUUGUCCUAGAGGCGCUCUUCUUUAAGGCAGAAGCCCCACACCGGCAACGGAUAUUGGCCGCUGAAGAAUCAGCUUCCACAAAUCGUCGCUUUUUGGAACGUGCCUACAAGUAUCGCCCUGUUAAGGUGGUUGAGUUCGAACUUCCUCGUCCGCAAUGUGUCGUAUACUUGGAUUUGAAGCGGGAGGAGUGUGCAAAUCUAUUCCCAUCAGGUCGAGUAUAUUCUCAAGCAUUUCACUUAGGUGGACAAGGAUUCUUCCUUUCAGCGCAUUGCAACAUGGAUCAGCAAAGCUCCUUCCAUUGCUUUGGAUUGUUCCUCGGAAUGCAAGAGAAAGGCUCGGUUUCAUUUGCAGUUGACUACGAGUUUGCCGCUAGGUCGAAGCCCACCGAAGAUUUUCAAAGCAAAUACAAAGGGAACUACACAUUUAUGGGGGGUAAGGCAGUAGGUUAUCGAAAUCUCUUUGGCAUACCAUGGACUUCAUUCAUGGCCGAUGAUAGUCUAUAUUUCAUCAACGGCAUCCUACAUCUUAGAGCCGAGCUCACUAUUAGGUCAAUUUGAAGCUCUAUGUCGUCUUCCGAAACUUUAAGCUAUCAUUCCGAUCCAAACUUCUCGUCUAAUGUUAAUUUCCUUUUUCUUAGGGCUUGACAAGAUCCCGACUUUAGGCCUAGGACAAUACAGAUGAGUUAACAUUUAACUUUUUUUACUUGAUAGUUCGAGAGACGUCAAAGAUCGACGGAAACUCGCUGCUGUUGUUCAGUAAUCGGUAGUCCUUGCCAUGCCUAAGAAGAGACAAGGAGAAUCAAUGUAAAUGUGCUUGAAAUGAUUGCUUAUGUACGAAACAGUACUCUGUAUAACUAACUGUAUUGCCUUCAGAUGGAAUGGCAACUUUGUUGUUUUGUGCUGGCUCUACUGAUGAGAAAUGAGGGAUACAAUCAUUUUUGAAUGAAUUUUGUGCUUUGUAAUGUUUGGUUUUUAACAUAAACAAUGCAAAUUAAAGCAUAUUGUACAAAUUUAUUGUACCAA